UUUUUCUUACAAGAGAUUUUAUUAUAGCUGUCACAUAAAAGUUUGUAGACGGCUGCACACUUUAACCUCCAAGCCUCACUGCCGCCCAUCGUUGUCGUCGUCGUCGUUUUUGUUUCUUGUGGAUUUACUACACUUUUACAACUGUCAAGUAACUACCUACGCACCCUUUUUUUUUUUAUAUCAAGCCCUUUUAUACGACGCGCUUUCAAAGAGUGUUUGUCUCUCUUCCAUAAAAGUUCCUCACAAAUGCAUAGAGUCUUUCAAGGACUACGGCCCAUCUUUGGUGUAGGGCACUUUAAUCCCACUGCUGAUGGAGUAUCAAAGGCUGCGGCAUUCUUGGGCGGACUCGGAGGGAACUCUGACGAACCCAUUCACGAUCCGUUCCUAGGAACAGAUAUCCAGACCGUCCAUCCUCCUCGCCUGCACGCUUCCCAACCACAGCAACAACAACAACCUCAACAACAACAAGCACCACACCAGCAUCUAUACCAAUCACAUUUAGCUCCAUGCAGUUCGUUGGAAACUAGCGCUCCUUUGGUGGCCCCGUCCGCCGAGGCCGUCACAGUUCAACCAGCACUCUUGGACACGCUCCCCACCGUCUCUUUCCUACAACCACCCGCACGCGCGCACCCGCCAACACCGAUAUCCACACUAUUAGCUUUUAGAAAGCAGAUAAAGAAUGACACGGCCGUAGAAGAGAAUCUCUUGGAUCCUGUCGCUGUGGUGGAUUUUGCCCAGGAAUUGACAGUGCCUGGUGUGGAAGGAUUGGAUAGCACGUCGCAGAUGACUUGUAGUAUAGAUUUUGAGGUACGUGGUCCUACGGAUUCCCGGCGUGCCGUAUUUCCCACCAGAACGACCUAUUGA